AUGGCACCACAUCACUGUUUGAUGUACAAAAGGGAACAAGGCGCUAUGGUAGAAGUCUACUUUGAGCAACUAAAUUACGAAUCAUUGCUUGAAAGCGAAGCAUACGGGUGGCCAAAUCUUCUCUCAGACUUCGGUGGACAGCUUGGUUUAUGGAUGGGAGUUAGCGUUAUCACAAUCAUGGAGGUAUGUAUAUUGGUUAUGGAUGUAUUUUUAACUAUAUUUGGUAUCACAACUGGACGAAAGCGCUCCUAUUCGACAAAGAAGAAGACGCUCGCAACAACGUUUCGUUAUAGCAAAACAAAACCGCAGAGCUGA